UGUCGGACAGAGGCAGCUGCUGUGUCUCGGACGAGCCUUGCUCCAUAAAAACAAAAUUCUCAUCCUGGACGAGGCCACUGCCGCUGUUGAUAUGGAAACUGAUGAACUUAUACAACAAACGAUACAGACCGAGUUCAGUGAUUGUACUGUCCUUACCAUCGCCCAUAGACUUAACACUAUCAUGGAAUAUGACAGGGUGAUGGUUCUGGAUAAAGGUCUCAUUACAGAAUUUCAAACCCCGCGGGUACUUUUACAGGACAAAACAAGUGUAUUUUACGGAAUGGCCAAAGAUGCGGAACUAACAGACUGGUUUGAGAAUGAAAAAUAUGCAAAGAAACUGUGAAUGAGACUAUCGGCAUUAAACAAAAAAAAUACUUGCAUUAAAUGCGUUAUUUCCGAUAAGGUUGUAUUGCAGCAUACUUAGAGUGUGUGAAUGGUAUCAGAAUAAGUGUUAUAUAAUUAGUCAAAAGAUUGACAAAACAGAGUGAAAAUAUGUUGUGAAAGUUAUGACGGUGCGCCUAUAUCAUGCGGCGGCUAUGAGGGUGUCAACAUUUGUGUUUAUCUCGAGUGCGAUCAUCACCUAACUUGUUCUAUAUAAGCAAUCGGAUCUUUGUACAAGUUAUCAGUUAUUUACACAUAAUUGACAAUUAAUUGGACUCUAAUUGACUUUGAUAUAUAAAGUUUUGCUCUACAUGGAGCCUUAUUGCAUACUUAUAAAUAUACAUCACCAAAAAAUCAUUUUAGAUUCAGAACUUCACUAAAUUAAAAUAUUCAAUCUCCGAUAACUCACAGAUGAAGUUUUAAUGGAAUUGUUUAUUCGUUCCUGACCAAAUUGUUUCUUUUAAGUUUUGAUGAACCCGACUGUUCCUCAUCAUCCUGUCGACUUCGAGAUAACGACGUUUGGUUAUAUCUGUAAUCAACGAUUGAAAGCUGAGUCCAAUAGUUUCGUUGUAGAUAAGGAAUAUAAUCAAUGGAUACAUGUCAACCGAAUACUUUUAUCUAUUCAUUUAUUUUAUCGAUGCGGCCAUAAUCAGAAAUUGAUGAAAUUAUUAUGGUAA